CCGCCGGGGACGGUGGAAUGCAGUUGCCGGGAGCCAGUGGGCAUUUGCCGGCCAGGCGGCGGAGAUGUACGCACCGAGCCGGGGGGUCACCGUGGCUGCUCGAUGUCCGAGUUGACGGAGCUGUUUUGUGGGGAGAAGAGGACGGUCGUUACCCCUCAUUACGUUAUUAGGAAAAGAAUUACGUUAGGAAAAGAGGGGGGCGGAAUGAGAACCUCGGAGGAGCCUCCAGCAUCAUGGAGCCGCGCAUUGCAGACACCCACCGGCGGAGGACCACAACGGCAACUUUUCGGAUCUAUUUUAUCCACCUGCUGUAAAACGUCACACUUGUGAGGUGACCGAGAGAUCCGACAGCGGCAAAAAUGUUUUACGGUUCUUCAUCUGGGGCAAGCAUGUCCCUGCCCUCCAAGAGCCGACUGAAGCGCCAGAGCAGGACCUUUACGCAGGUCCUGUACCGCACGCUGAGCUACCGUGACCGUGUCCCAGCUGAAGCGGGAACAAACACCCGCAGCGACCGGCGCUCGACGACCGAGCGACCGGAGGACGACCCGGCAGAGCUCUCCACCCAAAGCUCAGCGCCAGGCGUCCUGAAGAUUUUCGGCGACGAGAUCUGCGCCGGCGCCAACUACAAGAGCGUCCUGGCCACGCCCCGCUCCAGCGCUCAGGAGCUGGUCAAGGAGGCUCUGGAGCGCUACUCGCUCAACAAGGACGGCGCCUACUCGUACGUCCUGUGCGACGUGAUUGGCCGCCUAGAGGGGGUCGGCGGCGUGUGGCGGACCGAGUGCCUCCGGGCGCUCGGCGACAACGAGAAGCCGCUGCUGUUGCAGGAGUUGUGGAAGCCGCGAGAAGGACACGCGCGACGCUUUGAGCUACGGAGGAGAGCUGAGGUGGACGAACUCAAUGCCAAAGAGAAGGACACCAUCACGGCUGACAUCAACGCUCAGGCCCGCAAGCUGCAAAGGAACCGAGCCAAGGGGGCUCUGACCUUGCCUCGCUCCAGCAACUCGUCCCUGUGUCGCAGCCUCAGCGAGACCAGCCUCAACCAGUUGGCGGUGGGAGAUGAGCCCAAGCGCUACUACUCCACUCUUCCGGGGCCUUACCGGGGCCGAGAGGCGACGUCCGGCGGGCGGCGCCAGGAGGAUGGUGUGCGCCACUCCCUCUACCAGUCACCGCACCUUCUGUUGCUUCAAGGGUACAACAAACAGGACUGCUUGGUGUACCUGUUAAACCGCGACCAGCACACGGUGGGCCAGGAGACGCCGUCCGCUCGCCCCAACAUCUGUCUGUUCUCGCCCGACAUCCUGCCGCUUCACUGCCGCCUGCGCCGCGUGCCCGCCCCGCGCCAUCACUCCAAGGGGGACGAGCCGGAGCCGGACGCCCAGCGCUCGUCCUGUGUGGCGGUGGAGCCCGUCCACAACGCCACCGUGCUGGUCAACUUUUCCCGCUGCGAGCGCUCUACCACGCUACGUCACGGCGACUUGCUCUCCUUCGGCGGACACUAUAUCUUCCUGUACAAGGACCCCACGGGCGCCAAGCCUCUGCCCGCCCAGACCCUGGCACGCCUACGCAGCCUGGGCCAGCUCUACGAGGCCGGGCCGGAGGAGGGCGGCACGUGCAAGGUGUGUGGGUCGGCGCUCAAAGACAGGGCGGCCACCGUGACGACGGCGCGGCGCAGCUUCAGGCCGCACCCCGUCAAACCUCGCAGCGGUGGGACGGCGACCGGGACAGAGGGAGGAAGAGGAGGCCAGAAGAGGAAGCUCCAAUUGGAGUUUGAACCCGCUCACGAAGACCAGCUGCUCAACCGUAUCAUGUCCCUCAUUGAACCUGGAGGCGACGACCACAAGCUGACCCCGGCGUACCUUUUGUGUUUGUGCAUACAACACUCGGCCUCCGCAUUCCCGCCGGGAAGCUUCGGAAAAUUGCUGCUGAAGAUCGUCCGUCGGAUCCAGACGGUGGCCUGGGAGAAGACAAAGGAGUUAGCUCAGAAGCAAGCUCAGCACCAGGACCCUGCAUCGCUAUCGCUGCUCAAUAUCUCGGACCUGAUCCCGGACUUGCAGACCAUCUUCUUCUGGAUGUCCAACUCCAUCGAAAUCCUGUACUUCAUUCAGCAGAGGGCACCUUCAUACACGCACAACAUGGAGACGCUGCAAGGCUCAAAGGAGUCCCUGCUGUCGGCGACUAUCUCUGCCAAUGAGGAGGCCAUGAGUAUCCUGGAGGAGGUCAUCAUGUACACCUUCCAGCAGUGCGUCUACUACAUCACCAAGGCUCUUUACGUGGUGCUGCCGGGUCUGCUGGACUGUAAUCCGUUCCCGGUGGACAGCACGGAGCCGUGCUGGAAAGGAGGUGUCGGAUUCCCAGAGCCCGUACGCAGGAUCCUCCAGGUGUUCCAGAGCGCCCAGGAGCUGCUGCAGGGCUACCAAGUCCACCCGGAGAUACAGGCGCAGAUGUUUGCCUACCUCUUCUUCUUCUCCAACGUGUCGCUCUUCAACCAGCUGAUGGACAAAGGUCCAUCCCGUGGCUGGUUCCAGCGUUCCAAAGUUCUGCAGAUGCAGGCCUGUCUGCGGAUGGUGUCGGAAUGGGCCCGCAAGUCGGCCUUGGGACAUCUGGUGGACAAAUUCUUCACCAAACUCAACAGUGCCAUCGCCAUACUCGCUACACCACCGCAGCUGCUCACGCAGAUGAGCUGGCGAGUGUUGUCUGGCGAGCACUCGUCCCUAAAGCCGGUGCAGCUGCACAGGAUUCUAACCCAGUACCAGAUCACCGCAGAAACCGGACCCGUGGCCGUGUGGCAGCCCGACAGCGAAGAUGAGGCCUACAUCUACCGCACAGUGGACCUCCUGGAGAGCUUCGAGAACCACCCUCCCAUCGUGCUGCCCAGCGGCGGCUUCGGCGUGGACCUGGAUGGCGAACGCGUGGAGGACAGCGUCUACCGACAACUGCUCUACGUACGACACUUCUUGUGGGGCCUGCGCGCCAAGACACACGCUAACACUAACACCACGUAUGCUAACGGCAACAAUAACAACGCAGCUGACGUUCAGAAGGAGUUGCUGCCCCCGCCCUUGAUGCACGGUAGUCCCUGCUCGGCCCCCGGCGACGGCGAGGAAGAAAACGGCCCUAGUCAAGCGCCACACAGUCUCCGGAGGAACGGGGGCACUGUCCAUCACCACCAUCAUCAUCACCAGCAGCACCCGCAUGUCAUGCCGGGGUACCCCGAGGGAGGGGGCGGCAGAGGGGGGGCAGCCCCGCAGAUGAACGGAUGCGGCCAGAAGGCCAACGGACUUAUUGCUAAUGGCAUGGAAGGCUGUGUUAAUAGUGGGUGUGAGUUCCCCUUCCCCGUUUCCUCCUCCCCCGGCGUCCCCCCUCUCCCUGAUGACAUGUGUGUGGUGUUUGUAGUGGAACUGGACAAAGGACCAUACGGACUCGGCAUGGGACUCAUCGACGGCCUGCACACGCCGCUCAACGCCCCGGGCAUCUACAUCCGCACGCUGAUCCCCGAGGGGCCGGCGGCGUCCGAUGGCCGGCUGAGGAUCGGCGAUCGGAUCCUGGCCGUCAACGGGACAAGUCUGAUAGGCGCCGACUACCAGAGCGCGGUGGACCUGAUCCGCCUGGGAGGAGGUCGCCUCCGCUUCCUGGUGGCCAAGUCGGACCCGGAAGUUUCGGAAAAGAUCAGCGCGUCGUCCUGUUGACGGACGGAUGCACGGACCUGGCCGUCAAUCCAACUGCAGAUGUCCAGUAUGGAAACUAGUGACAUAUAAAUAAUCGUUUACAGGGCUGGUGCGUAUGUAAAUAUUGUUUGUAAAGAACCCAUCGCUCGUUGAUUGGUCAAUUGGCUGAAGCUCAGCCCACUUUGUUCGUGAUAAACCAACAUGGAUGACGGCGAUGAUGUCAUCACCAUGGGACACUUGAACUGUUGUUGGUCUUUUGAUUCCGUUUUUAUUGUUUGGACCCCAGCACGGUUUUUUUCAAGCAUGUGUAUCCUGACGCCCCCUGGAGAGUUACUAAAAAAAAAAAAUUUAAAAAAAAUCAGCCCCUGACACCAGUUCCACCAAUCGAUCCGAAAUUAGGUGGACAUAUCAUCCAUGACAGGACGCACAAAGAGCUCUCAAGGACCCAUGCCCAAAAUUGAAGCGGAAGUCUUCCAUGUUGGUUUGAAGCAGCCAUUUUGGGCAUAUUCGCUCAAUAGCAACCCCUGGAAGGUUGGGGAAUUUUUUUUUUGCCUCCGACACCCGUUUUAUAGGUUGAUGUGAAAUUAGCGGGACAUGUCAAUCAUGACUGGAUGCUCAAAAAAAAGUCUCAAGGAUCUAUGCCUGAAAUUGAACAGCAAGUCUGCUUUUUUUGGUUUGGGCAAAUUCGUCUUUGACAAACUCCCAAUUCGCCUGAAUGAGUCCCAAUCAAAAGCACAUAUCCUUGACACAUGGACAAUGCUAAAUUGCGAAGAUUUUUUUUCUCUACGUUUUCUAAUGUGAGUCAAGCAUGGCAUCAAACUUUUAUGAACAUUAUGAGGCUUUGCCAUUAAUGAGGGCCAGUCCAUUGCUGUUUGCAGCUUUAAUUUGACUUUUUUACAUGAUAAAACAUUUCAAAGUGUGUGAAUGUUUCACUUUUUUUGCAUCCUUUUCCACUCCCGACCAUAUCUGGAAAUGCAAAUCAAUACUUCUGUCGGGUCAGACUGGGAAAUAUGCCGAGUAAAGAAGACAAUAAAGGUGUUUGAAGUCAACAUGGAUUGAAUAAAGUAGUAUUAUUUGGAGAAAAAUAUAUUUACAAGUCUCAGAUUGUUGGAAGGAAAAGUGAAAAUAUUUCAAGGUUAAAAGACAAAGAAAAAGUUGUGCAUUUUUUCAUAUAAAAAGUUCUAAUCUUGAAAAAUGUAAAUAUUUUUCAAGAUAAAAUUCUGGAUCUUACAAGGAAAAAGUUUGUAAUAUAUUUUUGGGGGACAAAAAGUCUCUUAGAAGAAAAUGUCAGGGAGUUUCAAAGUCAUAAUCUUACAAGAAAAUUUAUUUUCAAGAAAGUUGUAACCUGAAUGAAAAAGUACAAAAAUUCAGAACAAGGAAAAGUCAAGAAGUUGGCAUCUUACAAGAAAAAAGUCAUUAAUUAAAAAUCUUACAAAAAAUGUGUACAUACAUUUUUCCAAGAAAAAGACUAAUCCAGUGACACUACAAAAGAUUUUCUAGUUAAAACAGUUGUAAUCUAAUUGGAAUAGUGAUGUUUUUUAAAUGGUCAGAAUCAUAAAGAAUCAUAUUUAUACAUGUAUAUGAGUCAUAUUUUUUAA